GAUCAGAACAGCUUUCUGUUUAAAACAUGGCGAGCAGCGCGGCCAAACAUGUAGACGCGAGGAAUGAAACCCAGGAUAAAUCUCCGGGGUUGAAGAGGCCGAGAGCCGACGACGGAAACCGAGGAGAUGACGGAAAAGAAACUGAGAAUAUUCUGUCCGGAUUUAAGACAUCUAACGUUUUGAGUGAUUCCGCUCGGGAGAAAAUCAUCUUCAUUCAUGGGAAGAUUGCUGAGCAGGAUGCCGUGGUGGUCCUGGAGAAGACUCCGUUCAGGGAGGAGAACCUGGAGGAACUGUUCAGUGGAUCCAAGCUCAGGCUGGAGAUGACAAAUGACAUCUAUAGCACAUACCGCCUGCAGGCUCCCCCUCACCUCAACGAGAUCAAGACCACAGUCGUGUUUCCAGCCACAGAAAAGCAUGUGAAGAAAUACCAGAAGCAGGAGAGUUUUCUGGUGGAGGAGACGGGGGAAUACUAUAAAUCCAUCACCCUGCCCUAUAUUCAGCUGCAGAGCUUCAGUCUGCAGUGGGUGUACAACAUCCUGGAGGGGAAGGCAGAGGCUGAGAGGGUUAUCUAUGAAGAUCCAGACCCGGUGGUUGGGUUUGUCCUGCUCCCUGAUUUAAAGUGGGACCAAAAACAGGUGGAUGACUUGUACCUGAUUGCAAUAGUACAUCAGAGAGGCAUCCGGAGUCUCAGAGACCUGAAGUCAGAGCACCUCCCGCUGCUACAGAACAUCUCCAAGAAAGGAAAAGAGGCCGUCCUGGAGCGCUACAACCUCCCAGCCAGCAAGCUGCGGGUCUACCUGCACUACCAGCCCUCCUACUACCACCUCCACAUCCACUUCACCAAGCUGGGCUACGAGGCUCCGGGCUGCGGCGUGGAGCGGGCCCACCUGCUGUCAGACGUCAUCCAGAACCUCCAGUGUGACCCGCGCUACUAUCAGACCCGGACUCUGUACUUCCCCGUGAGGGCGGACGACGGCCUGCUCGGAAAGUUCAAGGAGGCGGAAAAGAUUUAACCCAGACGCCGAAUCGGAUCACCUCGUUUUCAAAGAUUCUUUAAUUUCUCUUAUUAUUGGAUGGCGUGACACAUGAAACGAUGAAGUGAUCAAGUACAGACUGGUUACCUGUACAUAAGUUGAUUUAGUUGACUUCACAACUUAGUUACUCGGUUUUUACAUUCAGAAACAUGAUUUGUAUGUUUCUCUUCUUUUUAAUCACAGUAUUACUGUGUUCGUUGUGGUGGGAGGAGACAAUACAGAGCUGAUGUGGCAAACCCUGUAAAUACUAUAUUUUUCUAAUCGGGUUGUUUUUAUUUGGGGGCGGGGGGGUUACAUGUUUUCUUUGACUGA